UGGGCUCAACUGUGGUUGUAAGUCAAGAACCACCUGUACUUGCCCAAAUAUCUGGAAAUGCCCAUUGGAUCUUAACACUCAGAGGUGUCUCUGAAUAUUCAGUAGCAAUUUGGGAAUCCAGCAAUACAAGCAUUUAAAUAUAUCCUUCUCUAAAGAAUAUUUUACAUUCCACCAUCCAUGUAUUCUAAUGUGCCAGGUUCUGGGAAUCUUUUCUCCCACCCUCUCAGAUGUGUCUAAUUUUAAUAUUGUUGAACUAUUUUCUGAUGUUUGAUUGAAUCAUUAUAGAUCUGUUGCUGCUGCUUCUUUGGAUAUCUUGCUUGAUUCUAGAGAUGGAAACAAAUGCUUUCUACCCAAAAGUAAUACAAUAGUUGAUGGUUCAUCUCUGAAUGGGUUUUUGCUUUGAACAAGUCGUAACAGAAGCACUAUGACUAUCCAAUCACCGCCAAAGGAGUUACUAAAAAUAUAGAUUUUUUUAAAAAAAUCAUGAUGGGUUUCUAACUUUUCCAAAGGACAAACAUCUUCAACCUGCUUUAGUCUUUCUCUUAGUUCCCAACUUCUGGUUCCUGGUUCUGAGAAAGAUCAAUUUCUUCCACUCUCCAGAAAAUACAUGUUCUUUAUUCAUUCUAGUUUAUUUUAAUCUCUGUUAGUAAACUCAUCCAUCUUAGAAAGGGUCUUUUGUUUUCAGGUUAAUACUACUACUGUUAUUAUGUUCAGGCUCAAAUCAAUCUGCUGCAAUUUUAGAGAAGGGUGGAACAGUCUGUAAUAUAAUCCUUGAGGCUGCCAGCAGAAUAAAUAUAGCACAGUGCUAAACACAGAUGGCUAAAGAACAAGGGAUCCAGACAAUCUACCCUCACGCUACUUUUGAGUCUCCCCUAUUUCCUGUUCUUUUCAGCUUCUUCCCAAGAAAUCUUCAGCAGCACUUCUCUUGCUGUGAUAUUGUCAUUCACCACCAAAUGUUGUCCCUCUGCAAGAUCGCCGAUUCUUUGUUCAUUAGCAAUUCUAGGUCAGCCUGCUGUGAGAGUCUCCUCAGUCAAGAGAGAAUCACGUUCUGUAUCAAUGUCUCCAGACAACAGCCCUUCCCAAGCUUUCAGCAAAGCCAUUUGCUGAGAAUCCCUGUCUUUGAUGAUCCUUCGGAGAACCUGUAUAAGUACUUUGAGCACUGCAGUGAUGCCAUAGAAGACACCAUCCAAAGAGGCGGGAAGUGCUUAGUGUACUGUAAAAAUGGUCGCAGCAGAUCUGCAACUAUCUGCACUGCUUACUUGAUGAAGCAUCAAAAGCUCAGGUUGAAGGAAGCCUUUGAGAUUGUGAAGAUUGCCAGGCCAAUGGCAGAGCCUAAUGUAGGAUUUUGGUCUCAGCUACAGAAAUAUGAAGACCAUUUGCAAAGACAGCAGCAAAGAAGACUUUCUUCAAAAACAAUUUCACAUAAUAAAUAAACAAAUUGAUUCAGA